AUGUUGAAGAAAUUAGAUUUUUUUGGAAGUUAAAUCUAGUUAAGAUUUAAUAGAGAACCAACAUAUAAAUCUUAAAUAGGAUCUAUUAUUACCAUUUUAAUUAUUGUAUUCAUAAGUUUUCGUUUUAUUACUAUCCUUUUAUCAGUAAUUAGUAGAAAGAACCCUUUCAUAAUUUAGACUUAGAGGCAAGUUGAUAACCCAUCUCUUUUUGUAGCAACUAGCAAAUCAUUUCCUAUGGCCUUUGCACUUGAGAAUUUGGAUAGUUAGUAUUUUAUUGAUGAACAAAUAUAUACUGUCUCAGCAGAAAUGUACUAUAGAAUUUAAAUUUUUAAUAAUACUUCUUAAAAAUAUGAUAUUGUUUAGAAUAUUUCCAAUAUCAAAGUUUAACCAUGUACAAUAGAUAACUUCUAAAAUCCUGAUAAUGCCAAAUAUUAUUUAAAUCUUGAUUAUAAAAAUAUGUAUUGCUUUUCUCCAGACUUUUAACUAGAUAUCUAAGGUGAUUUUCCAUCUCUAAUAUUCUCAUACGCAACAAUUAAGUUUCAUAAAUGCUAAAUAAACUGUAAAUCUGAGGAUAUAAUCAACUAAUACUUACAAAAAAAUUAUGUUGGGCUUUAGCUUUCAGAUGCUUAUGUGGAUAUUACUAACAAAGAUAAUCCUUUUUAAAUGUAUUCAAGAGACAUGUUUUGGCCUAUUAGCUCAUAACAAUAGAAAGAUGUUAGAAUAUAUAUUAGAAAUAAUUAUGUCUACAGUGAUUUUGGUUGGUUUUUUUCUGAUACAAUAACUUAAAAGUUCCCUUCAUAUAGUCAUUAAGAUAUUGAUGUAACAAAUUUUUACUAAAACUUAAUGAAUUCUCUAUUUUUAAAGUUAAUUUAAUUAUUUUUAAUGUCAAAAUAUACCUUAAUCCCUUGA